AUGGUGGUGCUUUUUUAUAUUGUAAGCUUAGUUGUGCUCACUGCUGGACAAAUGGUGUUUGGAAUUGUGGGUGUCUUAAGUCCUGUUGAUGCCGACAUUUAUGAGCCAGGUAUAUGGGUUUAUAUUGAUAUAUCUUUCUGUCAGGCCCUAAAGAACCUUAGCUACAACAGGUUCAACCAUCCAAGAACUAGUAAAGCCAUCAUUACUGAUGUGAAUUGCAGGUAUUGUUUGUGUGAUGAUUUAAGAAUUUUUGAUCAACAAAAUUAGUAGAUUUUAAUCUCAGAACAAUAUAAAUUGAUGGAUCAUGGUUCAUUAUGGGUUUUAACGCCUCAUUUUAUUAUUAACGGUACCACAAGUAACUCGAGACUUGAGAUUAAGACAACCAAGUCUAAGAAGG